UCUUGGAGUUUAUGUCUUUGGUUUUUAACUUCUGGCAGCGCCUGAAUUGUUGCCGUUCUCCCUCUCCUUUUCUUCUCUCUGUAAAACCAUGGCCCAUCGGCUGCGGUUUCAUUUUGGCUCUGGACGAAGCAACACAGCCCCCGAAUCUGAGAUCCUCGACCGGGAGAGAGAAGAUGACUUUUUCAUGGCAUUCCACACUUUGCCGAGAAGAAGCAGCCCUCACGCUUUCUCCCGACACGGAGCAGAUUACGGCGGAGGCAGCGAUUUCCAAGAAGUGGGCUCCUUGAAAAGGAGCACCUCCAUGUUUAUUCCCCAGCUGCUGAACAGCAUCAGCGCACGUCCCACAAGAAGCUCCUCGAUGCAGAUCUCUCUCCAGCGCAAGGCUGCAGAUGAGUGCGCGACCCCGGAGACCCCCGAGGAGACUCCCCUGUGCAAAGCCUCAGAUGUUAGGGAGCAUUAUGCGUCCUCCAUUGAAAACCAUUCCUCCUCUCAGAGCAGCCCAGAGGCGACUCCUGAGGAUUCUCCAACCAGGCAGACGGAGGAGUUGGGGCAGCAGAUGAAUGGAACCCUUCGCUGUAACCGUAGGAUAUUCCGUACUAUUCCUCCUAAUAACCAGAGCGACGAUGCUCUGUCCGCCGCCCAUGAGAACGAGGCAAAGGAAACAGCUUCAGGUCUGAACAUCAGCGGCGUGAGGAUUCAGCAUCGUGCUUCGAGCGCCGAUGUGCCUCAGGUUACUCUGCUGCCCUUUGGUUCCGAGGCUCAAAAUAAUGCUCCCACCCCUGAGCCCCGGCGCUGGUCUCUGCAGCACGUGCCAGAUAUGUCAGCAAAUUCGGGGAAAAAGUUCUUUGUUCUCCAGUUACAGCAGCCGCAGGCGAGUGGUACAGGUGGUGAGUAUAACUUCGGCUUUACUGGGACAAAAGGGGACAGACUGGUCAGGUACCCACGCAUUCAGCUGGAGAGGAGCGCUUCCUACCCCGUCCAACCACGGCCGGAGGAAAUCCGCCCCGCAGGUGAUGGGCGGACUUCAGAACUGCAUGGAAGCGGCAGGAGCGGGUCAGAAAUAUCCAGAAGCAAUUCAGUAGAGAAGAUUCCUCAGGGGAAGGGAUGCCUGUUUAAAAUCAGACCAGAUCAAAACACGAGGCAGCAGCACUUCCGAAUCCUUGUCACCCGUAAUCCCGAGGAGCAAAGUCCAGUUGUUGGUGCAGAGUGUCGUGGCACCCCUGGUCCUGCGGCAGCCAGCACCACGACUAGAGACGACUUCCUGGGCCAGGUGGAUGUGCCUCUUAGCCACCUUCCGACUGAAGACCCAACCAUGGAAAGGCCAUAUACAUUUAAGGAUUUCCUUCUCAGACCAAGAAGUCACAAGUCUCGUGUAAAGGGUUUCUUGAGACUGAAGAUGGCUUACAUGCCUAAGAAUGGUGGCCAAGAGGAAGAAAAUAGCGAUCAAAGGGAUGAGUCUGAGCACGGAUGGGAUGUGGUUGAUUCCAACGACUCUGCGUCUCAGCGCCAGGAGGAGUUGCCACCUCCUCCACUGCCUCCUGGGUGGGAGGAAAAGGUUGACAACCUGGGGCGGACUUACUAUGUCAACCACAACAACAGAACCACGCAAUGGCACCGACCAAGUUUGAUUGAUGUGGGAUCUGAUUCAGAUAACAACAUCAGACAAAUAAACCAUGAAGCAGCCCAUAGGCGGUUUCGCUCUCGAAGACACAUUAGUGAGGAUUUGGAACCGGAACCUAUGGAGACUGGAGACAUUCCUGAGCCUUGGGAAGCCAUUUCAGAGGAGGCGAGUGCAACUGGGGAUUCUUUAAGCUUAUCGUUGCCACCACCUCCUGCAUCUCCUGUAUCCCGUAGCAGUCCUCAGGAGCUAUCUGAGGAACUGAACAGAAGGCUUCAGAUCACUCCAGACUCUAAUGGGGAACAGCUGAGUUCUUUGAUUCAAAGAGAUCCUUCCUCAAGACUGAGAUCUUGCAGUGUAACAGAUACAGUUGCUGAACAGUCUCAAUUAUCUUUGCCUUCAGUGGCCUAUGUCCACACCACGCCAGGCUUACCUUCAGGCUGGGAGGAAAGAAAGGAUGCAAAGGGCCGUACUUACUAUGUGAAUCACAACAAUCGCACCACAACCUGGACACGGCCCAUCAUGCAGCUUGCAGAAGAUGGCAUGGUUGGGUCAGCAGCAAACAGCAACAACCAUCUGAGUGAGCCGCAGAUCAGACGGCCCCGCAGCCUCAGUUCACCCACGGUCACCUUGUCUGCUCCCCUCGAGGGCAUGAAGGACUCCCCGGUGCGCAGAGCUGUGAAGGACACCCUUUCCAACCCGCAGUCUCCACAGCCCUCUCCCUACAACUCUCCCAAACCACAGCACAAAGUUGCGCAGAGCUUCCUCCCUCCUGGCUGGGAGAUGCGGAUAGCACCCAACGGCAGGCCCUUCUUCAUCGAUCACAAUACUAAAACUACCACCUGGGAAGAUCCACGGCUGAAAUUUCCAGUGCAUUUGAGAACAAAAGCUUCUUUGAACCCCAAUGAUUUGGGCCCCCUUCCUCCUGGUUGGGAAGAAAGGAUACAUUUGGAUGGAAGAACGUUUUAUAUAGAUCAUAGAAGCCAGGUGUUGAUAUGUGGAGACAUUGAUACCAGAGACUUAGUGCCCUCCUACGAUAAUAAAAUUACCCAGUGGGAAGACCCCAGACUGCAGAACCCAGCAAUUACUGGUCCUGCGGUUCCGUAUUCCAGGGAGUUCAAACAGAAGUAUGACUAUUUCAGGAAGAAGUUGAAGAAACCCGCUGAUAUACCAAACAGAUUUGAGAUGAAGCUACACAGGAAUAAUAUUUUUGAGGAGUCCUACAGAAGAAUUAUGUCUGUGAAAAGACCUGAUGUACUGAAGGCCAGGCUCUGGAUUGAAUUUGAGUCAGAAAAAGGACUUGACUAUGGAGGUGUGGCCAGAGAGUGGUUUUUUCUCUUGUCCAAGGAGAUGUUCAACCCAUAUUAUGGUCUUUUUGAAUAUUCAGCAACGGACAACUACACGCUUCAGAUUAACCCUAAUUCAGGUCUUUGUAAUGAAGAUCACCUUUCUUAUUUCACAUUUAUUGGACGAGUGGCUGGCCUGGCAGUGUAUCAUGGGAAGCUGCUGGAUGGCUUCUUCAUCAGACCUUUUUACAAGAUGAUGCUGGGGAAGCCAAUAACGCUGAAAGACAUGGAAUCAGUGGACAGUGAAUACUACAACUCCUUGAAGUGGAUCCUGGAGAAUGACCCUACGGAGCUGGAUCUCAUGUUCUGCAUAGAUGAGGAAAACUUUGGACAGACGUAUCAAGUCGACCUGAAGCCAAAUGGGUCAGAAAUCAUGGUAACAAAUGAGAACAAAAGGGAAUACAUCGACCUGGUCAUCCAGUGGAGAUUUGUAAACAGAGUUCAAAAACAAAUGAAUGCUUUCUUGGAGGGAUUCACAGAACUUCUUCCGAUCGACCUGAUUAAAAUUUUUGAUGAAAAUGAACUAGAGUUACUGAUGUGUGGCCUUGGGGAUGUUGACGUUAACGACUGGAGACAACACACAAUCUACAAAAAUGGCUACUGCCCAAAUCAUCCUGUCAUCCAGUGGUUCUGGAAGGCUGUUCUACUGAUGGAUGCAGAAAAACGCAUUCGGUUACUGCAGUUUGUUACUGGGACGUCACGAGUGCCUAUGAAUGGAUUUGCUGAACUUUACGGUUCAAAUGGUCCUCAGCUGUUUACAAUAGAGCAAUGGGGAACUCCUGAUAAACUGCCCAGAGCUCACACAUGCUUUAAUCGCUUAGACUUACCUCUUUAUGAAUCCUUCGACGACCUGCGAGAGAAGCUCCUGAUGGCAGUUGAAAAUGCACAAGGAUUUGAAGGAGUGGAUUAGGGCGCUGCUUCCCACCUUUCGGCGCGUUCUGCUGCGCUUCCACUGCUCCACGUUGGACUCUGACUGUGGCAGAACCGUUGCACAGCGCUGGUUCCUGGAGCAAACUCUUCGACAGUGCGUGGCCUAAAUGCAGAAUCUUGAACUCUGGUCUGUGGGAGGCUUUUUUGGCAUUUCCACAGCCAGUUACUAUGGGGUUAUAUGUACUCUGAUUACAUUUCAGCAGGACUUACUGUAUUUAUGUUGUGCCUCUGUAGGCUGAGCCCUUAAUAAAAAUUUUACAUAAUUUCUAAUGACAAUGAAUGAAAUUAAUCAUUUUACAGGGAUAGUGUUACAGCUCAUGUUUACUUUUUAAUUGAUUUAGACAUUUUCAGAUUAUAUUUCAUUACAAUUAAAUUUCAUGUACGUGGGGGAUAAAUGAGCAUUUUUUCUUAAUUUCUUACCAGACUUGAUGCCAGUGUCAUUUUUUUCAAGCUCAUUUUGAGCCUUGUGUUCCCAAGCUCUUAGGAAAAUAGGAGAUAGUUAUCUUGGAAUUCUUCUCUAUAUUGGCUAUAUCAAGAGCACAUAAAUAUUUUUCUGUAUCUGGAAGAGGUAUGGAUUCUAUGUUGCAUUUUUGUAUAAAUAAUAGUUAUGAGUCGAGGGACAGUCAUAACAUAGCAUGCCAAAUCUCAUGUUCAAUAAAGAAAUUGCCUCAUUAUUCCUUGGUGAUAUUUACAUGUACUGAAGAACAUUUUGGGGUAGGGUUGGCAUUAAUCAUUUAGGAAAAUAUGCUUAACCCUGUCAUUAUCUUUGUGUAGUGGUUCUUUUGUUAUCCUUUCCUCUUUACUGUGUGCAGUGGAGGCAUUUUGAAGGAAACCUGGCACUGUGUGAUUUGGCGUGAUGGAAAACAGAUCUGUUUUGUCUCCUAUUUGUAUGCAUUUGCUAAUGAUAUCUAAACACGGUAUCUUUUUGUUUCUAACUGCACCAACUCUAAAGGCACUUUAUGUAACACAUUGAAGUCAUAUCUGUGUUUUUUUUUAUCAUAAACAUUACUGUGAUUAUGUUCCUUCUCACUGCACAUGUCUUUCUGGUGCAAUAUCUAUCAAUUGUGAGUUUGGCUGCUGCUGAUGUAUAAGAGGAAAAAAACAAACAGCUGUAGAGCUGAGUCUGCAGACAUGUUCCUCAGCAAUUGUUUUCGUGAUUUAUUUUUUACUUAAUCACAAAGAUUUAUUUAAUAUACACUGCUAUCUAUCUAAUCAGUUUUGUUACCUAUGACAUGUUGCAUGCCUAAACUAUAAUGUCUUGAGUUGCAUCUCUUGUGUGAUGGAUUAAAAGUGAAAGAUUUGUAUUUGA